CCUCUUUGUUUUCACUAGCAUUUUGCUUCUGGGUAUUGAUUUUGGGAGCUGAAAAUGAAAAAUCACUGCAAUUUUUGUAUUUGGGUAAUCACCAAAGCCAGUUCUUGGACUAGCUAACUGGUAACUGCCCCAACCUCCGGCGCAUGCUAGCAGAGGCUAGCUACUAUCUGUUAACAUGUGCCGGUGGGGCUGCGCGAGGAGCGUUGCUUUACUGACAUUUUUGUCUUUAUGGGUAUUGGUGGGGUUAGAUGUGUGGUUUGUGUUUCUUUUGUUGGUCUACUUUUUGUAUAAUGAGCGUACUUUAGAUCUGAUGAGCGUUGUUUUUCUUUCUAUCUGAUGCUUUUUUUUUCUUUCCCUCUGUUGUUUUUGUGAUGUCACCCCAUUCUCGCGUGAACCAUAAGAAUCUUUCUUUGUUUGCUUCUUUUAAUUCUUGUUGAUCUCAGAUUUUGGUGGUUUUGCUUUAUUUAUUGCAAAAGUAAAAGAUACUUUUUCUUUUUUGCUUCAGAGUUACUGUUCACUUCCUUGUUUGGGAUAUACAUUUUUGUUUGGUUUUGUUUGUGUUCAUGUAGUUGAGUAACAAUAAAUGAUGACACAGUUUCAUGGAAAUUCAAUUAUUUGGAGGACCAAUAGUGUUCUUACCUUCCUGGGGUGCAAGCUUGUGGAGCGCAUGGAUAUCAUGGGUGGUUCUGCAACAGCAAGUCCAUGCUCUUCUUACCACCCAAGCCCUUGUGCUUCCUACAACCCAAGUCCUGCAUCGUCUUCCUUUCCAAGUCCAGCUUCAUCCUCCUAUGUUGCUAAUACUAAAGCUGACAGCAAUUCCCUCAUCCCUUGGCUCAAACACUUAUCAUCUGCAUCCUCAUCAGCAUCAUCCUCUAGGUUUCCUAGUCUCUACAUCCAUGGUGGAUCCAUUAGUGCUCCUGUUACCCCUCCUUUAAGUUCUCCAACUGCCCGAACGCCUCGAAUGAAAGCUGACUGGGAUGACCAAUCUGCUCGCCCAGGCUGGGGUGGGCAGCAUUACUCCUUCCUACCAUCUUCUACUCCACCAAGUCCUGGCCGGCAGAUUGUUCCUGAUCCUGAAUGGUUUUCUGGAAUUCGCAUCCCUCAGGGUGGUCCAAAUUCUCCCACAUUCAGCCUUGUUUCCUCAAACCCAUUUGGCUUCAAGGAACAGGCUUUAGCUGGUGGUGGAUCCAAUGGUGGCUCCCGUGGUGGAUCUUGCAUGUGGACUCCUGGUCAAAGUGGGACCUGUUCUCCUGCCAUUGCAGCUGGCUUUGAUCAUACUGCUGAUGUUCCAACGUCUGAGGCAAUUUCGGAUGAGUUUGCAUUUGGUAGCAAUACAAUAGGACUGGUUAAGCCAUGGGAAGGAGAGAGGAUUCAUGAAGAGUGUGGAUCAGAUGAUCUGGAGCUUACUCUUGGCAGCUCAAGAACCAGGUGAUCUAUCAUGUAUAGAUCAAAUUGGAUUCUUUUCUCAAACUCCUGUUGGGAAACAAAAGGUAGAUUGCUCAAAUGAAAAGUUCCAUUGAUCUCCUAAGACAAAUGCUAGUUCUGUGUUGUACUUGCAGAAGAGAGAGAGUUUAUAUAGCACUUGCUCUCUUCUUACGAGUCAUUUUCCUUUCUGUUUCAACAUGCAGAUGGUUUUCACAACCCUUUCAUUA